GAUGAAUUAAUGUGGACAGAGUUUACGUAGUACUACUACUGUUGUUGUUGUACGGAAAAAUUAAUACACAAGAAUUGUUCAAGCAAGCAAGCAGCCACGGUUGUCGUUGUAGGAAUAUUCAAAGGAAGCAGCACGCGUCGUGGCUCAUCGCUUCAUAUCAUCAAUUCACCCCCAACAGCACACAACCAACUAACUCAACCCCAUCUUCACGCUUAGAUUCUCUCCUUCAAAACUUGUCUCCUUCUUCACCAAACCAAACUCAUCUCAAAUUCUACCACUCUCUCUUCUUCUUUGCUCCACCCUCUCAGGUGACUUGGAAGCAAUUGAUAAUACCAUUUGACAUCAAAACUUAAAAGCUGCUUUCUGAUACGCGAUUCAGUGAUGACCUGUUUUCCUUUCAUAUUCAAUAAGGGGUCUUCUUCAGCUAGAAAAAAUCCAGAUACUGCUGAUGAAGAUAUUUCGGACAUUCAUAAUGUUAAGAUAUAUACCUACAAAGAACUAAGAAAUGCAACUGAGGAUUUUAGUCUGGCCAAUAAAAUUGGAGAGGGUGGUUUUGGUUCUGUCUACAAGGGACGGCUUAAAGAUGGAAAAAUCGCUGCUAUAAAAGUUCUUUCAGCUCAAUCAAGACAAGGGGUGAAGGAGUUCUUGACAGAGAUUAAUGUGAUCUCUGAAAUAGAGCAUGAAAAUUUGGUUAAAUUAUAUGGUUGCUGUGUGGAAAGAAAUAACAGGAUAUUAGUCUACAAUUACCUUGAGAAUAACAGCCUUUCACAAACUCUUCUAGAUGGAGGUCAUAGUAGUAUCUACUUCGAUUGGCAAACAAGGACUAGAAUAUGCAUUGGAAUUGCAAGGGGGCUUGCUUAUCUCCAUGAAGAAGUGAGUCCUCAUAUUGUUCACAGGGACAUAAAGGCAAGCAAUAUUCUACUUGACAAAGACCUUACACCCAAGAUUUCUGAUUUUGGCCUUGCAAAGCUUAUUCCAGCUAACGCCACUCACGUCAGCACUCGUGUAGCAGGAACAUUAGGUUAUUUGGCACCAGAGUAUGCAAUAGGGGGGAAGCUAACACGGAAAGCAGACAUUUACAGUUUUGGCGUCCUCCUUGCAGAGAUAAUCAGUGGGAGAUGCAACACAAAUUCACGAUUACCAUCAGAAGAACAAUUUCUUCUAGAAAGGGCAUGGGAACUUUAUGAAAGAAAAGAAUUAGUAGGGCUGGUAGACAUAUCAUUAAAUGGGGAAUUCGAUGCGGAGCAGGCUUGUCAACUUCUGAAGAUUAGCCUCCUUUGCACUCAGGAAUCACCAAAGCAAAGGCCAUCCAUGUCUUCUGUGGUCAACAUGCUCACUGGAAAAAGGCAUGUUGAUGAUAGUGGGAUAACAAAACCUGCCUUAAUUACUGAUUUUCUUGACCUCAAAGUUAGAAAGAAAGAGGAAAGUAUUACUGACUUGAAGACUACUUCUACAGAUGAUACUUCCUCUGGCUCAGCCAACCAAGACACUACCAUGUCAUCAUCAGAUGCAUACACAACUUUCAGCACUGUACGGUAUGAUCAGAGCAUUUAAACAUCCAUGGAAAAGGCUCUGUCCUUUCAUUUGAAUAUUUUUGUUUAAUUAGCUUAGGCUUGUAUCCCAUGUAAAUUUUGCAACCCUUACAUACUUUUUGAGUGUUUCUGUUUUGUUUUGUUUUGGAUGUAAGGCUCCAUGACAUAGAAGUUGCUAAAUGUGAUGUUCUGUAAAUAUGGACCAGGCUUGUAUUCAAUGAUAAAUUUGAGAGACUCUCGAUUUUGUUA